GCGGGGUCUGCCCGGCCGGCGAGCGGGCUCCGCGCCCCGGGGACUCCGGCGUCCGGGCACCGCCGCUGCGGCCGCGUCUUACCGUGCAGCCCCACGGAGGAGCGGGUGGCUUAAGCCAUACUGUUUUGUAGAAUUAAUGGAGAGCAGAAAAGAUAUGAGAAACCAAGAAGAACUUUGGAAAAUGAAACCUAGGAGAAAUCUAGAAGAAGAUGAUUAUUUGAGCAAGGACACAGGAGAGACCAGCAUGCUGAAAACAGCCGUGCUUGUGCACACGCACCACACAGCGCACGCUGAUGAAUUCGAUUGCCCCCCAGAACUGCAGCACACACAGGAGCUCUUUCCAAAAUGGCGCUUGCCAAUUAAAAUAGCCGCUGUCGCCUCGGCCCUGACGUUUCUUUACACGCUUCUGAGGGAAACCAUCCACCCGUUAGUCACUUCCCACCAGCAAUAUUUUUAUAAAAUUCCAAUCCUGGUCAUCAACAAAGUGCUGCCAGUGGUUUCCAUCACCCUCCUGGCCCUGGUUUACUUGCCGGGUGUGAUAGCAGCAGUGGUGCAGCUUCAGAAUGGAACCAAGUAUAAGAAGUUUCCACCCUGGCUGGAUAGGUGGAUGUUAGCAAGAAAACAGCUUGGGCUCCUCAGUUUCUUUUUGGCUGUCCUGCAUGCGAUUUAUAGUUUAUCCUAUCCAAUGAGACGCUCCUACAGAUACAAGCUGCUAAACUGGGCGUACAAGCAGGUCCAGCAAAACAAAGAGGAUGCCUGGAUUGAGCAUGAUGUUUGGAGAAUGGAGAUUUAUGUGUCUCUGGGAAUUGUGGGACUUGCAAUCCUGGCUCUUUUAGCAGUGACAUCUAUUCCGUCUGUGAGUGACUCUUUGACCUGGAGAGAAUUUCACUAUAUUCAGAGCAAGCUAGGAAUCGUUUCUCUUCUACUGGGCACAAUACAUGCACUGAUUUUUGCCUGGGAUAAAUGGAUAGAUAUAAAGCAAUUUGUGUGGUACACACCCCCAACAUUUAUGCUCGCUGUUUUCCUUCCCAUUGUUGUCCUGAUGUCUAAAGCCGUACUGCUUCUGCCAUGCUUGAGGAAGAAGAUCCUGAAGAUCAGACACGGUUGGGAAGACGUCACCAAAAUUAACAAAACUGAGAUGUCUUCUCAGUUGUAGAAUUACUAUUUACACAGUUUUUUUCCAUAUUGGUAUGUUUCAUCAUAAACAUUUCAAAGUUGUAUUUGUUAAUAAAAUGAUCACUUGAGGAUAUUAAUGUAUCUCUGUUUAUGGGAGAGUAAGUUUGAAACAGAUAUAUAUUUCCUUGCAGAUUUGAUUCUAAGCAAAAAUGUCUUUUAAAAUACUAAUCUUCAGCAUAUUCUCUAUGUUUGAUGAAGCUAAACACAACAGAACAAUCACAUCUGCUUUGCCAGACUGCCAAGCAUUACAAAUAAUAAAAGACAUUAUACCAGUCCUUGCUACCCAUUGCACAGGUAUCAUGAACCAUGUUUAUCUGAAUCUAUGAUACUAGUAUGUCCAGUGUUUGUGGUUAUUGUUUAAGAACUUUCUCAUGCAACCGAGUUUUAUUCAUGGAAAACCUAUCUCACAAAAGCACACAGGAAAUGGGUGGUUUAGAUGCCAGAUGCAAUGCCUGAGUUCCGUGUAUGAGUGCCCAAGUUCAAUACCCACCUCUGGCUCCUGUCUCCAUUUUCCUGGUAAUAAUGGCUCAAGUAACUGGAUUCCUGUCACCUGCGUGGGAGACCUGUGUGUACACACACACACACAUAAAACAAGCUAUCCAGGAUAAAAAGGAAAUUCAAUAAUUCCCACUUGAAUAUGUACAACAUAGUUGAACUUAUUUCAGUACAUUGGUGAAAGCAUACCAUGAACCGGUUAUUGAAAAGGCAAACUAUACAUCAGCUGUCCAUGACUUGGUAACUCAACCUAUUGUAUAUUCAGAGGUUUCUCAUAAUUAGCAAGAAUCAUCAUAAGCCUUAUCUUUUAUACAGAGAAGCUACUUAUGACUAAAGACAGUAGAGUCAAUGCUGCUGAUCAAAAUGAGGAAAACUAAUUCAUACAUUCACUGGAGACUGUUUCUACUUUUUUGUUCUAUUACAAGGGUAAUUAUUCAUCAUUACAUGGGGGCUAAGGAACCUCCUGAGUUCUAAGUUUGUGCACUCCUGGAGUUCAGACAUAACAGAGACAUGCUUGCAGACAGUGAAGAAAGGAAUUGGGAGGAGCACAGUUGGAGACGAGACAUGAUUCACCAUAAGAAACAGGAAUCCAGGGUGUUAGAGUUGCAAACCAGAUUCAGAAGUUAACAUGGGACCAGUGAGUUAAGCAGGACACACAUAGCAUCCUCAUCUACCUCUGAGAUGCAGCAGUCAAGUGCCUGCACCUUCAGGACUGUCGGGAGACAUCAAGUGCUGGCCUUCCUGGUACCAAGGAGCUUGGAAACGAGGUUCAACCAAGUGCACCUCAAACAAGCUCUGAAGGACAACAUCUGAGUCCUGGCUUGGUGACUGGAGCACUGUUGCUAUGAGUCACGGUAACAAGCAACGUUGGGCCUCUUCUGAAACGUGGGAUAGACCUCUUUGGAAAUUCCCAGUGACAGCAGAAAAGGAAUUUGCAAGGCUUCAAGAGGAAGACACAAAACAUCUAUAUCCAGUGUAUAGUCGUAGAUUGAUAAAAACUAAAUAACUUUGCAAUUUUUCUAAAUUUUUGAUAAUGCUUGUAUGUAUUUUUAUAGGCAGAAUAAAACAUUUGUGGUAACCAAUAUACAGAGUACAAAAGUAUAUAAAUGAAACUGACAUUUUGAGAUUUGAUUAUUGCUUAUAGCUCUUAUCUAUACUCUUGAGGAACAGUGAUUUUUCUACGUAAUACUUGUUUAAUUCUUUAGUGAAGGGUUAAGCUUUGAUUAUAAAGAAAAUUGAAAGUGUAUCAUUUAAAAAAAUUUUUUAAAUAGAGGUAAGGUGGGAAGUAUCAUAU